AAAAGACCCAAGCGCAAGGCCCUGUCGACCAGGGCAUCCCUGUGAGAGAUCCUUCUGCCCGCUUCGAUUUGAGCGAAGAAACAAGCAUCAACACGACACGACGAUGGAACCUGCACCCAUCCUCUGGCUGACGUUCUCGCUGGUGUUGACGCUGCUCUGGGAGGCUGGCUGCAUCCUUCUCAUCAUCCUUUGGUUCCUGGCCGCCGAACUCAUCACCCUGCUCGCCACCAUCUCCCUGGCGCUCUCCGUCCAUGUCGGCCAGGUCGGCGCGGCUGCGGUCCCUCUGGCCUGGUGGCUGGUAGCCGAGACCGCCAGUCAGCUCUGGGGCAUUGCUGCAAGUGCGGCAGGGGGGAUAUCGGCUUUGCCACCCGUGGCAAGGGAUGUGGCCACCGUCAGCAUCGCCAUGAGCGGCGCCCUGGCUGUCGGCUGGGUGGUGCAACACUUCAUGGAUUGCGAGCAGCAGCAGGCCCUGUCCGCCACACAAGCAGGCUUUGCAGACACGGGAGGAGAGGAGGAGUACUGUAAGCCAAGCCCACCGACACAGACACAGACACAGACACAGACGCAGACACGGAAAGGGGGGAAGCUCAUCGAUCUCCUCAACAUCAUGAUGUUGUGUGUUGUUGUGCAUUGACCACAUGAAUGUCGGUGUAGGCCGGAUAUGUGCCACGCCUCUCGAGGAGAGGCGCCGCCAGGGAGGAGGCUUGGUGCAGUACCCAUGCUGCGUGACGACAGUGUGCCGCCCCUGCUACAAGGCUGGCCACCUCCACCUCUUGUCCUCCGCAACGUCGACCUGGAGGAGGUGGACAAGAAGGCCCACAUCAUGGAGCGCAUGGCCACUUUUGGCCACCAAAUCCGCUGUGCUCGCCGCACAUGCACCUACUGACUGCGA